ACUGCACACAAGGGCAGCUCAAACUGCUCUCAAAGUAGUAGUAUAAAUGGACAAUACUAAUGCAUUACAGCUAAAACCAAGCUCUAAAGAAUCAGCAAACAGAUCCAAGCAAACCGAAAUCUUAGCAUAAUAUGGAACCACUGGCUACAUUCAAACUUGUGCUUGUUGGAGAUGGCGGCACUGGAAAGACGACUUUUGUAAAACGUCACAGAACAGGCGAAUUUGAGAAGAAAUAUGUUGCAACAGUUGGUGUUGAAGUCCAUCCACUGGUCUUUUACACUAACAAAGGGCCAAUUCAAUUCAACGUGUGGGACACAGCUGGUCAGGAGAAGUUUGGAGGGCUUCGAGACGGCUACUAUAUCCAGGGGCAGUGUGCUAUCAUCAUGUUUGACGUGACCUCUCGAGUCACCUACAAGAACGUUCCCAACUGGCAUCGUGAUUUGGUGCGUGUCUGUGAUAGUAUCCCCAUUGUACUAUGUGGGAACAAAGUGGAUGUAAAGGACCGCAAAGUAAAGGCAAAGGCUAUUGAUUUCCACAGGAAGAAAAAUUUGCAGUACUAUGACACCAGUGCAAAGAGCAACUACAAUUUCGAGAAGCCCUUUCUAUGGCUAGCGAGAAAGUUGGUUGGAGAUGAUAAUUUGGAGCUGGUGGAAUCCCCGGCUUUGGAACCACCAGAGGUUUACAUGGACCCUGAACUUGCAAGCAAAUACGAAGCUGAGCUUUUUAUUGCAGCAAAAACUGCUCUUCCAGACGAAUAUGGAACUGAUGAUUACUAGAUCUUAGACUC